UUUGCUUUGAUCGCCCAAACUCGUCUUCUACAUCUCCAUCUUCAAAAUAUGAGCAAACUUGUGAAGACUUCAGAGCAACAAACCUCCAACAUGAUGGAGAAACUUCCUCAAGAGAUCAUCCUUGGUAUACUAUCCAGGCUUCCACCAACAUCUCUGCUGCAAUCGAUGUUGGUUUGCCGAGCUUGGCUAAGAUUAAUACGAGAUCCGCUUCUUGUUGCUACCCAUUUCUCUCACAUGGCCGACAAAGAUGGUCCAAGCUUCAUCUUCCAAAGCAAUCGGCCUAGUUCAUCGUAUCAACUUUUCUUUAUAGAUUUCUCCGACUUCCAUAGCCAAGGAAAGGUGAUGUUUAAGAAACUUCCCGAUCUCAUGUCUAUUUAUUUGGUAGAUUCAUGCAACGGCUUGCUUUGCAUGCGGGAUGCAAGAUGGAUAUACAUUUGCAACCCCUUUACUAGGGUUUACUUACAGCUACCGAAAUUGGUUAACUAUCCAGCACAAGUGGGACGCAUUGCAUUCGGGUUUCAUCAAACUACAAAACAGUACAAGGUAAUCCAGGUAGCAUAUCUUAGACAACUGGUUUUACUAGGUGGUCGCAUCGAUGUUGCUACCUCGACUUUGGUACAAUCUCAGGUCCAUGUUCUAACAAUCGGAGAUCCCUCUUGGAGACAUAUAGGAACCUUGCCUUAUGAUUUGACUCGCCCGAUGCCCAAAGCUUUGGUCAAUGGGAGGCUUCAUUGGCUUUCAAAGCCUAACAAUGACACCACGGCUAGCAUUCUCAUCUCGUUUGACCUCGAAACUGAGCAGUUCCAAGAGGUGGCUAAGCCAGAUUGUUGUGGCUCAAACAGGUGUUUUCAUCAUCUCAUGGUUCUGCGAGGUUUUCUCUCAGCUGGUGCGUAUCAUGAUAACGACGAGUUGGAGGUUUGGGUUAUGAAGGAAUACGGUUUAAAAGAAUCUUGGAUCAAAGAAUUCACCAUCGGGAAUCACUUGCCACCAACAUUGCAGCAAAAUGAUCUUUUACACUUCAAUAUGGCAAAGGCUCGUUUCCCUAAUUCAUCUGUCAGAGUUCUAUGUAUUCUGAGGAAUGAUGAGAUCUUGUUGGAGUACCUAAACCGAGUAGUUGUUGUCUUUGAUCCCCGACAUGGAACAUUCAAGGAGCUUACGUUCGAUGCGAUGCCGCAUUGGUACAAAAUAGUUGUUCAUGUUGGCAGCCUGAACUGGAUUCACAUCCCUGUAUGUUAAUUUGUAAACAACUGCAAUACGCCAAAGAAGAAACUCACUGUUCCCUUUCGAGUUUUAAUCUUCUUUGACUGUAAUUGGUUGGCUUCGUAUAAUGGAUAUCUAUUUUUCAUGUUCAUAUAGAAUGAUUAAUUAAAUCCUAUUGGAAUCAAGCUGAGGUGCUGUUUAUGUU